AUGAACAUAUUGAGCUUUGCAGACAGAGCAGAAUAUGAUAACACAACUAUCAGAGAACUUCUCAACCCCCCAAAAGACGCUGAGUUUUGUGUUCCUGCCGCAGGAACGAGGCUGUCUUAUCUGAAAGAUCCUGUAGCUUGGAUAAACUCUUACUCGGGCCACGUGAAUGAGUUCACUGAAGACGAUCACUAUUUGGAGUAUGUUGUAGGUUUGCUGGAAGCAAUCGUUAAUAGCUCGCCCUACAGCGGUCAAGAUGUUUACUCCCCAAUUCUUCUGCUGGAAAAGGUUGUGACAAGAAAAGCUCUGAUGCAACGUAGAGACCCCAUGAGGACUGCUCUGCGACUACAAAGUCGUCUACUUGAGUAUGCCAAGAUUGAGAACGAUAACAACUCGAUAUAUGAUCGGAGCAUUGAAAAGUUGGAACUGAUUCCCAAAAAGUUUGCUUUGUCUUUGAUGGAAGUCUGUGUCACACCUAUUGAAGUCAUCAAACUUAUGAGAUUAGACGAUGACACAAUGUUCCAAGAUGUACUUCAAUCCAAAAAUGUGGAGCUCGUGGCCUCCAAAAUAUAUCAGAAAGUGGUAUGGAAGAAGUUUUGGGGAUCUGAAGCUAUAAUGAAAAAGAAGGCUCGAAGUGGAAACUUGACCCAAACAUUUUACGUCGCUAAAAGGAUUGCUAUUUUCCUUUUCUGGAAUAUAUUCUAUAUUCCCGCUGCCAUUUUCACAAGAGAUGACAGAAUAAGUAGGAAAAGACGAGCUAUUUUCUUCUCCCCCUUUUCCUCCUACCUAGCUGACCUCUUGAACUACAGUAUGUUAAUUACAUUCCUCUUGGUUGUAAUUAUGUAUACUGAACCUGACCCCAAAGUAGCUCAUGAACUCGUACAAAAACUAAUCGAGGGCGAAAUAAAAGCUGAGAAUGACACCAAUUUCAAAGUUGGGGCAGAUGGAAGUGUCAUGAUGAGGCUUCCAAAUCCAAAGAUCCCCUUUUCAGAGUGGCUGUUAUGGACUUGCAUUUUUGCAAGGGUUCUAUCAGAGUUGUACCAAGCCUAUUCUAAGAAAGGAAAAACAUUGCAGAAAAAAUUGAACAGGUACUUCAAGAGUUUUUACAAUAUCACAGACAUUUUUCUCAUUAUAUUGCUUCUAACUAGUAUGAUAUCUAAACUCUACACAUUCCUGAAGUCGUGGAUGUUUGGAGUAUACGUCAGUAUUGACCAUCUUGUUCUGGACCCUGAUCCUUCUGACAUGAACCGUAAUGCAUCCAACAGUACUAACCGUGAUUCCUUCGCUGAAUUAGUGCAUCACGAGCUUAUAUUCACCAUCUAUUUCUACUGCACUGGGGCUGUGGUAGCUCUAGUUCAUCUGCUCCAGGUCUACACAAUCCAUAUUCCUGGUUUGGGUCCCUUGAUAUUGUCAGCUAAAAGAACAUUUGUCGAGGUAUCUGGAUUGGUCUUCAUCUAUCUGUUCGUCAUAGCAGGCUUCCUUAUUCCCAUCGUAGGCAUGAUGACUUGCUACCGAGUAGUCCAUGGUAUUGACGGAGUUGGAGCUGAUGAUGAAAAUGAUUUUUACUACUUUGCAACUUUCGGUAAAGCGCUUGUAACACUGGUGUGGACAAUGUUUGGAGGAUUGGACGUCGAGCACAGAUCUAACUUACAUAGAUCACGUGAUACCUUGACCACCGUCUUUAUAGUCAUCCUGCUUGUGCUCUACGCAAUCAUCCUGGGUCUGUUGUGCAUGAACCUGGUGAUCGCCAUCAUAGUUGACGUCUACAGCAAAGUAACUGCUGACAAAUACGCAGACUGGCGGUUUUCUCAGUUUGAGUGUAUAAUUGACUACAGUGGUGGGUCGAAUGAGGGUGACGGAAUGCCCUUCCUCUUUCCAAUGUGUAUUCCGUACAUACUUUAUUCAAUGCUAAUCCAGCCGUGGAACGAAAAGAAGUAUCAAGAGAAAAAUCACUCUGAGAUGGUGGAAGACAAUCAAUUUGCUAGAUUUCUUUGCCAGUGCAGACUUGAUCAACCGAUUGACGAAUGA